AUGAAUGACGCUACACUCGUCAUUCGUGGAGAGCAGGAUCAGUCGCGAAAUAUCCUGUCACCUCGUCUGGCCAUUCUCCGCCUCCGCCCUCUGCGCCGAAAAUCCAUCAGUAUCAUCAACUGCUAUUCACCAACAUCAGCAGCUGAUGAUUCCGAAUUGGACGCGUUUUACGAGGAGCUGGAGGAAGUAGUCCGCAACGAGAAGUCCUUCUACAAAUUCGUUGUCGGAGACUUCAACGCAAAACUAGAAAAGGCCACAGAAGAGGAAUACAGGAUUGGAAGAUUUACACUAGGGGACCGGAAUGAAAAUGGCAAUCGUCUCGCCGGGCUGCUGUCCGCCGCUCGCCUCUUUCAUGGGAACUCUCUUUUCAUGAAAAAAGAUCAUCGUCGGUGGAUAUGGGAAUCGCCCAACGGUGCGACUAGUGCUGAGAUCGACUACAUACCAACCGGAGACUCCUUGUCCCAAGAUGGCUGGCACAUCGAAGAGGAUCCAAAUGUGGACUACGAGAUGCUGCUCAAAGGGUUACGAGCCUGUGCUAAAUGUGCCUCGAAGCCGCGCACGACAAACUUGGAUCGAAUUUCGAAGACCACCAAGGAAUCGUUGGAAAGAAGAAGGGCUUUGAGGCUUGAUCCGAUCACAUCGCACAUUGAGUGGCAGAAGAAGAUUCUGGAAGCAGCACAAAGAAGAGCGAGCCUAAAUAAAUGCCACAGGGAUCUCAUCGAAUAUAAUAUUUCGCUAGCAGCCUUGCUGAGCGAAGACGGGACUCGCAGUGGAAAUCAUUACAGAGAGAUUCUACUCGAACUCGAUCGAUGCACGACUAGGAUACAGCUUUUCCACCGCCUUCUCACAAUACCCACUGGAAAGAGGGCUAAGCCUACUCCGAAGCCACCACCUUCUCAACAGAGGUCUGAGACCAAGCGAAUGUGCAAACCAAUAACAAAGGGAUCUGCAAAGCCAAGCAAAGCUGCUGUGGCUACAAUUCAAUCCGAUUCAAUGCUCAAACCCAGUAAUAUGGGCCAAGACAGAGAGAUCACUGUGAUGGAUAAUGAGACAAAAGCCAUAUCCAAUGUAGAUGUUCUCCUCGAUACCGGAGCGGAAACAUCAUUUAUCGAGAGUUCACUUGCAGCAAAGUUACACCUUCCUGUACUCGAACAUAAGACAAUUAGACUGCACACGUUUGGAUCGAAAGAAACGAAGCAAGAAAAGUAUGCGCUAGUCAGAUUGGAAGGAUGGGAUGACGAAGAAACUUUGCAUUCAUUAGAUCUGUUGACUUAUAAGGUUUUGACUAGGUCUUUUUCAUCACUGCAAGUGUCGGUAGAGGAUCAGAGUUUCCUGAACUCCCUCGACAUUUCGCUACCUAUACGAAAAGAUAAAAAAAUUGUCAAACCUCUCAUACUCCUACAAUGUGACCAGUUGUGGUCAUUCAUGAGGUGCGACAAAUCAGCAAUACCUUUGCCAUCAGGAUUUUAUCUUUUGCCAACCAAGCUAGGACCCAUAAUAUCAGGAAAAGCGAAGUCAAUAACAUCCAAAACGACUCAGUCAAUGACAUGCCAACUGAUUCAAGUUUCUCCUUAUGUAAAUGACAUCAGUCACUGGGAUAGUACCCGGUCCAUGGAUGAUGCUGGUGAAACUCAAGCCAAUACGAUAAGAGCUACAGUGUCAGACAUAACCGAGGAAGAAAGGAAGAAAUGGGAUCAAUAUUGGACAAUGGAUAAAGCUGGGACUGAAGGACUCGGCAAUACCGAGAAAGAGGUUCGUGCUGCACAAGACGAAAAAGUUUGGAAAUUCUUCAACCAGACAAUCCAACAGAAAGAAGACGGAUACUACGUCCCCCUUCCUUGGAAAGAGCGGUAUCAAUACCUUUCGGACAAUGAAGCACUCGCCCAGAAACGUCUAGUCAACGUAUGGGCUUUAUUACGAAAGGAUGUGAACAUUCUGAAUCAAUACAAUAACGUGUUCCAAGAACAACUGGUUAACAAUAUAAUCGAAAUAGUGGACGAAACAGCACCAACUCAAGGAAAUCAAGUCCGCUACAUCCCUCAUCAGCCCGUCUUUACUCCGAACAAAGCGGCAACCAAGCUACGGGUAGUUUUAUGA